AUGUCGUUUGUCAAAGACUUUUGGGAGGACGACCAAAUCGUAUGGCCUCAGGAGCCGGAUACAUCAUCUAUCGAACGAAUCUGCCGACAGCGCCUCGCCUUGCUAUCAGACGCAACAUGCAGUGUCUCUCUCAUGGCAGAGGGAUCACGCAACAAGGUAUACAAUAUCAACACCGACGAUCUCGCGUACGUCAUGCGCGUAUGCCUUCCCCUCGAUCCACUGAAGGUAUCUGGCGAGGUUGCCACCAUGGAAUUCGUCCGACAGAAGACGACCAUCCCUGUCCCAAGCGUUGUCGCUUUCGAUCCCUCGGGCGGCGAGGAGCUGCCCUUCCCAUGGAUACUGAUGGACUUUGCAAAGGGGACGGCGCUUCGGAGGCCAUGGCGGCAUAUGGGGAUGGAUCGAAAGCGGAAAAUCGUGACUCAACUUGCAGACAUACAGUCUCAGCUCGCCCGCGUCCAAUUCUCGGCCAUCGGCGGGAUCCAACGCUCGGAGGUCAACGGUGACUUCGUUAUCGGCCGCGCGACAAACGAGGACUAUCGUCGUCCCGGCUACAACUUCCCCGCUAUUCUCGGUCCACAAUUCUGCUCUCACGACUGGGUGCAAGUCCGGCUCGCGGAAGUCGCUCGUCUUCUCGACGAAACGAUCUCGGGAUUUCCGACGGCCGAAGCGGGAGACGUUGUGGCCCAACACUUCGCCAAAGAGCUCGCUCGAGACAAGACUCAGGUCGAGGCCAUUCUUCCCUUCCUCCCUGGCUGUUACUCCCCCUCCCUCCCCGAGUCCACCUCUCUCUACCACUGGGACCUCCACGCCGACAACAUUUUCAUCGACGACAACGACACCAUCACGGCGGUCCUGGACUGGGAGCUGCUCAUUGCUGUCCCCGAGUGGUCGGCAAUGGAGUUCCCCAAGUUUCUUCGAACAAAGCAUCGGAAAAGAGCACCGGUGCGGGAGGACUACGGCGAGGUUGAGGACUGGCUAGAGGAGGAGGAAAAGUCGGAUGCCAUGGGGUGUAACCGAUCCUAUUGGAAGGCGCAGGGGGAAUGGGAGGCGACCCAGCUACGCACAUUCUACCUUGCUGAGAUGGACCGCAUGUCUCCGGGGUGGGCGGAUAGGCACCGAGCUACCAAGUUCCACCGUGUCCUAGAGCAGCAGAUACUCUUUUUGGAAUAUGGCGGUUGGAAUGGGGACGUACGGGGCUGGCUGGAGGCGUACCAGGGAGACGGCCAGGUGCCCAAAGAAGGGCGUAUGGAUAGUAAAUGGCCGACCCUCCAGGAGGAUACGCCCUGUGACGCUGAGUUGUAUGAUGAUGAAAGCGACGUCGAUGACGAGGCGGGAAUUGAUGAUCGCUCGGAGCACGACCGGGAGAACGCCUCGUUUGUUCCGGUUGUGGAGGAGAUGGGGCCGGGGGAGACGGACUGCACGGAGAAGACAGUAGUGGGGCAGCCGAGGACUGAAGAGACUGUAGAGGGGAAGGAUGAGUGGGAGCGGAUCAGCGAGAAGACACGUAGUGGGGGAUCUUCAGGGUUUCAGUUCAUCAAGUCAUUCUUCAAUUUUUAUUUUUAUCUAAGUGAUUAG